CUCAGACUUUGAUGAAAUGUUUCAACCCAGCAGACAGAAACUUCAAGAUGGUUUACAAAUGUUAGGGAUGAAAAUUAAGCACCAUGAAGGCAACCUAAAUCUUUUGAAUACUCAAAAAACUAAACUAGAUGAUUCUAUUCUUGGUUUGCAAGAUAUUUUUGAGAAAUAUAAAUCAUCAAGUAUGCCCAAGAAUUGCAAAGCGGACAAUUUGCAGCCAACAAGUGAGGAGGCAAUAAAUGAACAGAUAUUGCAACUUAAAAAAUCUGCUGCUGGUAUAUUACGCCAGCUGAAAACUUAUCACGGGACUCAAGCAUCUAAUCUUUCAUUGAUAAAGGAUAUUGUGGGUAUUGUUGCUACCCUGGGAAAAGUUGAGGAUGAUAACCUUAGCAGGCUUUUCUCAGAGUAUCUAGGAGUAGAGACUAUGCUGGCAAUUGUCUGUAAGACUUAUGAAGGAGUUAAAGCUCUUGAAAUUUUUGACAAUGAUGGCUGCAUAGACAAGAGUUCUGGUCUUCAUGGGCUAGGUGCCUCAAUUGGAAUGGCCUUGGAUGGUCGUUUUUCAGUGAUAUGUCUGGAAUCUCUCAGGCCAUACGCUGGUAAAUUUGUGCUUGAUGACCCGCAGAAAAGGCUGGACAUUUUAAACCCAAGAUUACCCAAUGGAGAGUGUCCAGUUGGGUUUCUUGGCUUUGCUGUAAAUAUGAUAAAUAUAGACGGCUCAAACUUAUUUUGUGUAAUUCCCAAUGGUUAUGGUCUCAGAGAAACUUUGUUUUAUAGUCUCUUUUCACGUUUGCAAGUAUAUCAAACGAGGGCGAAAAUGAUACAAGCACUUCCUUGCAUAAGUGACGGAGCUCUUUCUUUAGAUGGAGGAAUGGUUAGGACUAGUGGUGUAUUUUCCUUGGGCAACAGGGAAGAUGUAGAUGUCAAGUUCCCCAGCCCAGCGGAGCUUGGUAACUACAAUGAAAUUGAGAGGCAAAUGAAGGAUUUGAAAGCGGAGAAGGACAAGAUUCUGCGGGACAAAAGGGAACAGAGUUUGUUGGACGCAGCAAAGUUCAAUUUCAAUAAAAAAAAGAAUGAGUUUCUGAAGUUUUUAGCAGAAAGUUCAUCAUAUGCAACUCAGGUAAAUGCCCCAGUGAUACCUCUUAACUGA